AUGGCAGCGAGACAGUACGAGCACCUACUCCCCAUGGGAAACGAGAAGCUAAUGUCGCCGUUGUGCAGUUACGUGGAGGGCUUCACGCCGCUGGUGCCGCCUCUGGGCGACCAGCCUGCCGCGGCGCGACUACAGCACAUUUUUGUGAAUGACGGGUCCCCGGCGACAUUUGGACAUAUUGUGGCGAAGCAGUGGCGUUCAGACAUUACUAGAGGGAGGAGCACAUGGGCCGUAGUCCGCAAGCCCCUCGAGGUCGGGCUCCUGAGGCAAGACCUGGUUAGCGGCGGCGCCAGCGAUGUUCUCGGCCAGCACAUCAGCGGCGAGUAUGUGACGACCUCCUCGGGUGAUGAGCCAAUUGCAAGUUCCGGCGUGGUUAUCAUCACAUUCCAGCAUCUCAUCAAGGUCUUGAGCGAGCGCCUGCAGCCAGCAGGUGAAGAUGAGGACGACGAUGAGAGGGCACACUGGGACUCGGACUGGGACACGGUGCUUGGCAACCCCACCUUUGUCAUGAACUUUGCCUUCGGCGACAUGAGUUUCGAGAUAGCAUUCUCCUGCCCGCUCGUGGCGGCGCUGAUCGAGGCCUCGACACGGGACGGCGUCUACAAGCCCAUGGCGUGCACCGUCUCGAACGAUAAGAGGCCAUACUUUGGCAGGGCAUGGCGCGGAGUCAAGACGCAAGAGAUCUCCACCCUCGGGACGGGGCAGACGGCCCUGGGCUUCCAUGGUCACGAGUCUCAGCAGGCAGACGGGCCUACGGGAACCCCCGGGCGGAUCGAGAGGCUGCUGUCCGAGAUCAACAGCGAGGGCUCGCGGGCUGGUGGGAGGACACUGCUGCUGAUGGACCCGAGUCUGCUUCAGUAUCUCCCAGAGGGCCAUGGGCUUCAGUUUGCGGACCGGCCCGAGUUUCUUCGUGGGCCUGGGGCCGUGGAGGACAUAUGUCUCGACAACAAGACCACAUACACGGGUCAGGUCAGCGGCAUCGACGAAAUCGUCAUACUCCCGUAUGCGGACGGGUUCAGUGUUGUCCGGGGCCAGAGUGUGCUCUGCACGGAUAAGCUCGGCGUGCGGCGUUCACAGGCAGAGGUCAGGUAUUACGGCUCCUGCAACCAGGAAUCAGAGCCCCAGCCGCGGGCCAGGGUCCUCAUGACACACGAGGAGUUCGCGCAGCUGUCCCCUCACUGCGAGACGUCUGCUGCCCACACCCAGGAUCUCGCGCGACUGCUGGUCUGUUGUAAGCUCGUGUGGCCGGGCCUGGCCUUUGCGGACAUGCCUGUGCUUCUCCCCUCGGACAAGCACGCCGUGUGCGACCAAGAGGAUGUUCUUGUCACCAUGGGGGUUCUGGCGAUGCCCGGGUCCGGGAACGAACCCUGCAGGGGGACGGUCCUGACCAGCCUGGGGCGUACGACGGGCAUGCUACUGAAGCAGGGCGUGCGGAGUGUCCACAGCGCACACCUGCUAGCGCAGCUGUCGGCCGCGGAGGGGGGCAGCGCUGCGCUGGACAAGGACAGCAGUGCCACCCGGGAGGCCAUACUCGCGCUCGCCAUCCUCACGGAGAUCAACGCGCGCGGCGAGACGAACACCAGCAGGGUCGUUUCUUCGGUCGAGGGACGGCACGGUGACAGGUCCUGGUACGAGGAUAACCUGAAGGGGGUGGCAAAGGGCAAGGCCGGGCGCGGCCCGAUCUGGUUGGCGCUGGGCAUCUGGCAUUUUCUCAUGCACAACUACAUGCUGAGAGGCACGCUGCGGUGGGGCCUGAGCCUGGGCAAGAAGAACCCAUGGCCUUCCAAGCUGCUGAACGGGGGUGAAAUCCUCAUAGACGUCGAGAGGUCGCUGCGGUGGGACCGGCGCCUGGAAGGCUUCAACGACAUCCGCGCGCAGCUGUCGGGGGAGAAGCCGGUGCAUGAGCUCGGCGACACGCCCCUGACGCGCCAGGAGCUCCUGGCCGUCGAGGUGGCUCUCGUGAGGGCGUUCGCGGACCGGAUCAUGGUGGUGCAGGACCAUGGUGACACGUUCGUGGCAUGGGAUAUGGCGUCGGGCGUUGAACUCGACCGGCCAUUUCCCACACAGGAGCCGCAGGUCUGGUGGGACAGUUGCCGAAGCAGCGAUGCUCUACCCGGCGGAGAGACAUCUCCGGUCUUCUGUGUCUACACCUACCUGGUCUCUGCGUUGGGCCCUGACGGCAAGACCGUUGUCAGGCAGGCCGCCGACCCGACACAUGUGUCUGCCCGGUCUGUGCGGCUCGCCCUCGAAGGGACGAAUCGCUGGCAGCAAGUCCGGCUCCAGUUAGCAAUCGAUCGCGUGCCGGGGGGAGGGCAGGCCAGGUGA